AUGCCCUUCUGGACACUGUACACGUGUGGAGGUGCCAAUACCAAAUGUUGGAGUUACAAGUCGCCCUUAUUUUUGUCACAGCAUUUUCCUGCUUUUCUGUUCAAUAUAAACUACUUUAUAUUUUACCUUUUGUGGAUGAUGGAAUCUACACCAUAUUAUAAAGAAAAAGCUUGUCAGUUGCUCUGCUUAUUCUUUUUGUCGAUCCGGUCAUUCAAUCCUUAUUUAACAACAAAGUGCCCUUACAAUUCUUCGAUUUAUCCAAUCAAUUUUCUAUACUACUCCUUUUUGGUGGUUGUGACAAUUGCCCCAUAUAACAACACGCGCAACAACAAUAUGUAUAUAUUCGCGCAACAACAAUCUACGCAAUAUUUGGAGUUAUGCUUACCAUAG